GCCGGCUCCCCUAGCUAGUUCGGGUGCCCUCGACGAAACGUUCACCAACGACAGCGCUCCACCGACGCCGCCGCCGACAGGUCGAUGACAACCAUGAUGACCGCCGCGCGCAUUCUCCGGGAACAGGGCUUUAGUUUAGAAGAUCUUCAAAGCGAGGCUGUGGUGUCGGAGUUCUCUCGCCUUCUCACGGACCUUCCUGGAUGUCCCAACACGACGGUCACGUGCAACGACGACGACGGAUUCCGGUCCAUAAAUGGCACUUGCAAUAAUCUGAAGAACCCCACUUGGGGAAUGGCGGGAGCGGCCCAACGGCGUCUACUUCCGGCAGCAUACGAUGACGGGUAGAACCUUCCAUGGUCGCUGGGUAUUCAUGGAAAGCCUCUGCCGUUCGCACGAAAGGUCAGAAACGCAGUCCAUAGGGGUCCUCAGCAGCUUAAGUCACCAGAAUUGACAUUGCAGGCCUUUCAGUUUGGCCAAUUCUUAGACCACGACUUAAUAAUAACCCAGCUGA